AUGGGAAAGCUCGAGGACAUCUGUGAUCGAUAUUUAAGUAGAAGAGAUGAGCAGAAGAAAGUUAUUGAAGCUGUCAAUCGAUGUUUGAGCAAAGGUUACGACUACGAGAAGCUGCGAGAACGUGUUCAAAAUGCGGUUGAAGAUUCGCAUAAAGCCUCAAAAGUGACUUCAGCUAUUUGUGACUACUACCCGCAGUUGAGGAAGAGAACUAGAAACGAUCGGGACGAGGACAGGGACAGAGAUAGGAAGAGAGAUCGGGUCGAUGAUAGAAAUGGAGAUCGAAGAGAUCGUGAGAGCUCCAGAAGAGUCGAAAGACCUCCAGAAGUACCAACUAGUGAGCCCCCGAAAUCCGAAGAAGUAAAAGUGCCUGGGAACUCGUCGGUUGAAGAACAACUGAGAGCAAAGGAAAUGAUGUACAAGGCUCAGCAAGAAAUCGAAGAAAAGAAACGUAAGAUGGCUUUGGCUGCUGGAACCCUUCCACCCAAAACUGCAACUUCUCAGGCACCGGUCCAGGCUGCUGCUGGGAGUAAAUCGAUAGCUCUUGACAAGGCGGAGGCGACAAUGUUCGUGACUUACUCCAUGGACAAGAAAACUCGAAUGGAACAGCUGAAAGCAAAGUUAGCUAAAGCCCCGGUUCUGGCCAAGCUUGAUGCUCUUGUCGCCAACGCACCCGCUGGUGUCAUGGCUCCGUUGCCGGAAGCUGUUCAACAAGUUGAGAAGAAGGUGCAGCAACAGAUUACAAAAGAAGCCAAGGAACCAGAGAAACUUAUCGAGUAUCUCGAUCCACGAAUCUCUGCCAAAACUGCCGAUCGUCGAAGACGCGGAUUCAACUUCCACGAAAAGGGAGAAUUCGAAAAGCUAGCCAACAAGCAGAGGGCUAUGGCGAAGCUCGAACGUCUCCAGAAUGAAGUUUCUUCUGCCGCACAAUCCACUGGAAUUUCGUCAGCUGUGAAGCUGGCUAUGGUUACGCCUAGUGGAACUGCGAAGAUUGAAAAUGGAGUUCCGGAUAUCGAGUGGUGGGACAUGUUGGUUCUCGACAAAGUGAAUUACGACGAGAUCCCUGGAGAAGAUGACGUGGAGAGAUAUUCGCAAACGAUUUCCGAACUUGUGGAACAUCCAAUUUCAAUGCGAGCUCCAACUGAACCACUCACUCAACAAUAUUUGAAGGUCUAUCUGACUACCAAGGAGAAGAAGAAGAUUCGUCGUCAGAACAGAAAAGAAGUUUUGAAAGAGAAGACAGAGAAGAUUCGACUGGGACUGGAGAAGGCACCGGAGCCCAAAGUAAAGAUUAGUAAUUUGAUGAGAGUUCUUGGAAACGACGCGAUCCAAGAUCCGACAAAAAUGGAAGCACAUGUUAGGAAACAGAUGGCUGAAAGAUUGAAGAAACACGAGACGCUGAAUGCCGAGAGAAAGCUUACAGAGGAUCAAAAGAGAGCCAAGAAGACAAAGAAACUGUCGGAGGAUACUUCUAUUGCAGUCAAUGUUGCUGUUUACAGAGUGAAGUCGUUAGCAGCUCUGAACAAGAAGUUCAAAGUGGAGACAAACGCAAAACAAUUGCAAAUGACUGGAGCUGUUAUGAUGCACAAGGCUCAGAAUGUGGUUGUUGUGGAAGGUGGUCCGAAGCAGCAGAAGUUUUACAAGAAUCUAAUGUUAAAUCGAAUCAAAUGGGCGGAUGAGAUUAUUGGGCAGAAGAAAGAAGCGGAGAAGGACGCGCCAGGAGAGAGAAAUCUUUGUGAAAUGAUCUGGGAAGGACAAGUGAAACGAAGAAACUUCCGCGACUUCACAGUGCACACUGCAACACUCGAGAAACAAGCUCGCGAGUUUUUCGAAAAGCACGGAGUCGCUCAAUAUUGGGAUCUCUGUUACAGUACGACGGUGUUGUUGGAAGGACAAGACAUUCUGCCGACCGCCUAA